AUGGGCGUGCCCCUGUUGCUGUCCAAGACGACGGCCGGCGCAGCCCACUCGCUCUUGCGGCCACCACAUGCACUCGGCACUCACAGUCGUCAGAUCGUAGUUCGUGCAGAUGGAUCUGCAUUUGCCACCAGAUCAUUUUCGUCGAUGAAAGUGGUAAGUGUAGUUCUCCCGGCGUAUUCUCCUCGCGCUGCUCGUCGCCGUCCACAUGCUCAUCUCCGAGCGGCUUUGCACGUCCUCAGUUCGCAUCACGCGCUACCUUCUCGACCAGUACAGCGCCAUGGCCAUCUCUGAGAUAUUCCUUAUCGAAUGCUGGCAAUGCAGCACUUUCACGCCGGCCCUUCUUCUCUCGAUACGCGUGGGGAACGGUGGCAGCAACAUCCCCGAAUCGAAGCGCCUCGACUCUCAGACAUGCUCCUCGCUUCUUUGAGCGAGCGAUACCCCACGUCACCAAGUGUAGAAGGUCCAACCCUUGUACACUCCAUCACGAACCCAAUUCGCGCCCCAAGGACGACCGAUGGAGAUGCCGAUUCCGAUUCCGAACGCGUGGUGCCCACGCAAACUCGGACCGACGUCCCAUCUCACUUGACUUCGAUACGCGGCACAAGACCGAACGGUGGUUCAAGUAUUUGCAUCGCAUGGAUCGACUCCGUCAUCGUCGACGCAAACCCCAUCAUCUCUCGCAUGCGCCCAAGACGAGCAUCGUCAAUCGGCACAAGCCUUGGAAGCAUUUCUCAACCGGUCUCAUCUAUUUCUCGACCACGACUGGCCCGCAACGAGGGCCGAGGCCGACGAGGAAGAUCAACCUCAAAUUCAUGGCUCGAGGUCAUCUUGAUCAACCGAGGCCCCUCAUGACAGCUUUUUUGACCGUAGAAAAGACCCCGCUUCCUCCUUCCGCCGUUUACAUUGCCCGCCCUACUGGGAUUUCACCCGGCUCGUUUUUUCACUCGUUUCGAGGACUUCUUCCCCAAGCACCCUCGAUCUUGCCGCCCACUGCGUCUCUUGUGAGGAUGUUCACUACUUCAAGACGAGCUCACGAGCUACCCGUGGAUCCAUUGCAAGCGCGCGAAGCCGGCUUCCCGCUCUUGCUCCCACUCGCUACACUGCUCAAGUCAUCCGCCGCGCUUCACACCCUCAACAUCGUUUCCCGCGUCGCACUCACGAUCUUGCCCUUUUCCGUACGAGCUAAAUACUUUGGUUCGCGCAAUGCUGCGGUCGCGGGAGCCAAUGUCGCGGCUGCAACCUCAAGCUGGGCCUCGCGAAUCAUGUCUUCGUCGGGUGCGACGGGUUCGUUCGGGACACGCUACCUCGCUCCCUUACUCGCUGCGAUUCCUAUCAUGUUGCUCGGUGGAAUUGUACUUGCUUCGUUGGAGCAGACGCCGAUCACUGGUCGCUGGCGAAUGGUCAUGCUCUCGCCCGCCGAAGAAGCCGAAUUGAUUUCGUCUGUACUGGGCACGAGCGAAGAUUCGAACGUCCAGAAACGGGACUGGGUCGGUAUCCUUCGUUCGGUGCUGGAGCUUGAGGACGAAGGCGUCUCUCCGACGACGGGAAGAAGGAUCCUGUUGGGUGGUGAGGUCCUGGAUGAACGUGACUGGAGGGUGCGAUGGGCGGACGCCGUCCUGCGUGCGCUCGAACAUGGCGUACCUUCGCUAGGGAUCGGAUCGCUCGAGCUGGACUCGGCUGCGUCGGAGGAUCCAACCCUCUUACAAGCUCCUCCGACUCGAUAUCCUCUUCGACCUCGUUCGUCGCCAGAGUCGGCUUCAGAUAUGGGAUGGCUCGGUCACCUUUUCCUGGGGAAGCAUGCGAAUCAGUCACAGGAGGACGCGCCGGAUGCCUCGCUCAACGUGGGGUACGAUUUGAUCGUCAUUGACCGCGCGGAGGCGAAUGCGUUCUCGUUCGGUUUUGCACCCGAGAUCGCUUCAGGUUCUGCCUCGAGUGAUCGAAGAGGCGUAAUUGUCGUAUAUGCAGGCUUCAUCGAUCAGAUCCUAGGCUCGAACGCACCGAGCCAAGAACAACAACCGCCUGCUCCCGCUCCGCGUUCGUCACUCUCGAGUUACUUUACCUCCAAGUCCCCCGAGCCAACGUUGCCGAACCUGGUUCCCACGACACUCCCUACGCGAGAGCAGACGCAGGCGAUGGCCGUGUUGCUGUCGCAUGAGUUGUCGCACCUCUUGUUGAGCCAUAGUAUGGAGUUGCAAGCCUCGACGUCGUUGUUGCUCAAGCACGUUUCCAAGCUUGCUGUCGAUGGUGAGCUCCCUGCGCUAUUCAUAUAUGGGAUUUUGUCAUGUACUGAACCUAUGAUGUCUCCCCUCAGUGAUCCGAACGAUCACCUUCCCCCUCGUCGCGAUGCUCGGCCCCUUCCUGUCGGACGCGAUCCAUUCCUCCACCAAAGUCGGCGUCUCGACCAGUUGGAACUACGUCGGAUCGGCGAUGCUGGCCUGUCAAUCGAGGGCGUUGGAGACCGAAGCUGAUCUGGUUGCUUUGAGGUUGUUGGCUUGUUCGGGGAUCGAUCCGAGGUUCGCGUUGAAGUUCUGGGAAGGGAGGGUUGAGAGGGAUCGACAAGGGGAGGCUGAAAGGAAGGGGAUGACGAUGAAAGGAGGUCAGAAGGUCCAGAUGCAUUCUCCUGCUUCUGGAACUGCGACGUCGGAGGGGAAGAGGAAGGAAGAAGGAGAUCCAACUGCUUCGAAAACCAAGACCACGGCGGCGUGUUGGAUCAUGGACUCGCACCCCGUUGAAGAGGAGAGGGUCGAGAGGAUCCGCAAGGAGUUGGCGAAGUGGGAGAGGUAUAGAGAUGAGCAGGCGUUUGUGAAUGGGAGGAGGGAGCAGAAGAAGGUGUAG